UGCCUGGUACAUACAUUUCCAGAAUAUGAUGUCGCUAUUUCUAACAAACGGAUCGAGCAAGUGCGAAAUCCAGUUUUGGACAAUACAAGUCACGAACAAAUUUAUAAAACACAUUUGGUGUGUGACUUACGUUUUUCGGAAAGUGACAAAGUGCCUGGAACCAAGAGAGGUCUAAAAAGAGCUUCUCCUACAUUACAGCUUCCUGAACUUCAAUCUUCAAGGAUGGUUUCGGAAAAUGUUCAGAGUAGUGCCGGAACUCAUGAAGCGAGCAGAGAAAUUGCUAAUUGUGAAUUUAUAUGGAACACCG